AUGCCCUCUCUACUCGUCAUCAUCCUCGUGCUGGAGGUGUUCUCCCACUUGGUCAACACCGUCGGAGCUGCAGCCAUCAACAAUUUGAAGCUUUGGACAACCCUCAACUACCUCCCCAUCUCGACCGCCAAGGCAGCUGCGCAGCAUCGAAAGCUGCAAGCCGACUUCCUCAAGACGCGAAAGGAACUGAAUGCGACUAGCAGUCAGGAUGAGUUCGCCAAGUGGGCCAAGCUCCGUCGGACGCACGACAAGCAGCUGGAGCAACUAGAGAAGAGUAAGCAAAACCAGGAAGCAUCGAAAUCAAAGUUCGACACCUACCUCACGGGCUUCCGAUGGGCCCUCACCAAAGUCCCUCAAUACGGCCUCCCCUUUUGGUUCUCCAAGGAGCCCAUGUUCUGGCUGCCGUACGGCUGGUUCCCUUACUACGCCGAAUGGAUCCUCUCGUUCCCCAAGGCCCCAAUUGGCAGCGUUAGCAUCGCCUCCUGGCAGUUGGCGUGUUCGGGCAUGGUCACGCUCCUCACCGAGCUGAUCGUCUCGAUCGUGGGACUCGUGUUCACGGCGAAACAGGGCAAGGGACAGCCGGUCAAAGUUCCUGCGUCGUCGGGUAAGACGGCGGCAUCCAAGGCUGCGGCUAGUUCGUCCGAGAAGGAGAAAAAGGAGUUGUGA